AAGACAACAGAAAGAGACACAAGAGGCAGACUUAUCUCUUAGGGAACCCAGUCCAACACAGAGGACUUAAGAUUGCCAGGAGGUCCAUACAAAAUUCCAAAGAAGGGUGUUCUGAGAGCAAAGAGAAGCACAGAGAAUAGAAUGCCAAUGCCUUGGUUUCUGAUAACUUUUGUGUUGCUCAGCUUGAGAAUUGUAGAUGUUUCAGAGGCUGCCCAUGAAGAGAAGGUUCCAUCUGCACUAGCUGUGGGCACUGUCUUCUGUGACACAUGCUUCAAGCAAGAGUUCUCAAGGACCAGUCACUUCAUUUCAGGUGCCUACGUUUCGAUAGAAUGUGAAAACUCGAGCUCGAGCCGGAGCUUCCAGCGGGAAGUGAGGACUAAUAAGCAUGGCAGAUUCAAGGUCCUUUUACCACCUUCGGUGGGCAAAGAUGCCCAGAGAAUCGAGGGAUGCACGGUGAAGCUGAUCAGAAGCAGCGAACCCGGCUGCGGUGCCGUAUCCUUAGGCAUCUCGUCUCGGCUUCGUCUCAAGUUGAAGAGGCACGGGCUUCGCGUAUUCUCGGCAGGGCUUCUCGCCUUCAAGCCCCCAAAACACCCGAGCAGGUGCACUGAGGGUCCUGCUCGAGGAGAUCCCAAGUUCCUUUCCAGGAAAAACUCGAUACCCUCAAAAGGUUAUCUCCCACGAAUCCCAGGGCUGACGCCACCAUCAUAUCCUUUACCAUUUCCAUCACCACCGUCAUUAAUCCCUUUGCCGCCGAUCCCAUGGCUGACACCACCGCCACCACUAAUUCCUCUGCCACCGAUACCGUGGUUGACACCGCCCCCGUCACCAUUCAUUCCUUUGCCACCGAUCCCGUGGCUCACCCCCCCGCCGCCGCCGCCAUUCCCCUUCCCUAUCCCUCCACUCCCACCGUUCCCACCAAUACCAGGAUUCACUCCCCCACCGCCUCCGCCACCAUCUUCCCUCUUUCCUCCAUUGCCACCGUUCCCGCCACUGUCACCAAUUCCUUUCCCACCACUACCAGGAUUCACUCCACCGCCACCGCGGCCGCCUCCGCCUCCCCCACCAUCCUUCCAUUUUCCUCCUCUCCCUCCAAUAUUCCCAUUCCCUCCACCUCCCUAUUCCCCUGGUAAUCCCCCAGCUUCAACUCUUCCAGAGAAGACCUCUCCUUGACUAAACUACGAUAAGUCCAUCCAUACAUACAAAAAAUAGGCACAAAUAUUUUCUACUGCAUUUUCCAUGCUUUUUUAAAGUUCCAUGCUUAAAUUAUUGCACCUCCUCUGUUAUGUAGCGUGCAAAUCUGUAGCGUGCAAUUUGCCGAUCAUAUUGUAAAAUAAAGAUGACUCUCCCUCUGUGCAA